UGUGUGUGUGUGUGUGUGUGUGUGUUUGUGUGUGUGUUUGUGUGUGUGUGUGUGUGUGUGUGUGUUAGUACCAACGGUCCUCAGAAGAAUAGUAAAGCAGCUACAAUUCAGAGAAGGGAGGACAGUUUGCCAGUCCUCACUAUUUUAGGUUUAAGGGUUAGGUUUAGGGUUAGGGGUUAGGCUUAGGGGUUAGGUUUAAGGUUAGGGUUAGGUUUAAGGUUUGGGUUAGGGGUUAGGUUUAAGGUUAGGGUUAGGUUUAGGGUUAGAAGUUAGGGAAAAUAUAAUUUGGAAUGGGAAUCAAUUGUUGGGUCCCCAAAAAGUCCUCACAAAUAUAGUAAGACAUAUCUGUGUGUUAGUGUGACUCCUCUCCCUCUGUGUGUCACCAGGUAGAGUGGUCCCCAGUUAAAGCCCUCCUAUGAGGUGAGGUUAAGGUGACCCCUGACCCCGCUCACACAGCGCCCCUCCACCAGGCAGCAGGACUAAGGGAUGUCACGGGGCUUCCUGCUGCUCACGCUGCUCACGGUCUUCUCCAGCAUCCAAGUGUCCCCAGCUAAGCCAUUAAAGGCGUUGAUGCAGAGAUGGGUGAUGUACACGGAGGAGUGUAGCCGCAAUAACAGCAGAGAACCGCCGCUCACUGGUGUUGUGUGUAACAGGACCUUUGACAUGUAUGCCUGCUGGCCCGAUGGACUCCCCAACACUACUGUCAGUGUGUCCUGUCCCUGGUACCUGCCCUGGCACCACAAAGUCCAGCAUGGUUCGGUGUACAGGGAGUGUGACGCGGACGGCCAGUGGGUUCCCCAGAAGAACACUAGCGAGUGUGAUGCUAAUGAUCCUGCUCAGCCUCACUAUGGUCAGAUCCUCAAGAAGUUCCGGACCAUGUACACUGUGGGCUACUCUCUGUCUCUGGGGGCUCUGGUGUUAGCGCUCGGAAUCCUGAUCACUUUCAGGAAGCUCCACUGUAUGAGGAACAACAUCCACAUGAACCUGUUUGCAUCCUUCAUCCUGCGUGCUCUGUCCAUCCUGAUAAAGGACGCCAUGUUGGAGGUGCCCAGCGUCAACAUCGGACAGGACCAGGACAUUACACACUAUGAGGUGGAGUGGCUCGUCAACAACCAGACGGCGGUGGGGUGUCGUAUCGCCGUGGUGAUGAUGCAGUACAGUAUCAUGGCUAACAGCUAUUGGCUGCUGGUGGAAGGCAUCUACCUCCACAACCUGCUGGUCAUCACCGUGUUCACUGAGAGAAACUACUUCAACAUCUACCUGUGUAUCGGCUGGGGUGCCCCUCUGAUCUUCCUGGUGCCCUGGGUGAUGGUGAAAUACCUGUAUGAAAAUGAGGAGUGCUGGGAGCAGAAUAUCAACAUGCAGUACUGGUGGAUCAUACGGUCACCUAUACUGCUAGCAGUUGUGAUUAACUUCCUGAUCUUCAUCCACAUAAUAAAGAUCCUGGUGUCCAAACUGAGGGCUCACCAGAUGAGAUACUCCGACUACAAGUUCCGGUUGGCUAAGUCUACCCUAACCCUGAUCCCUCUACUAGGGAUCCACUUGGUGGUGUUUGUCUUCGUGACAGAUGAGUCCACCGAGGCCACCAUCGCCCUGCGUCUCACCAAACUCUUCAUCGACCUCUUCUUCACCUCCUUCCAGGGUCUGCUGGUAGCUAUCUUAUACUGCUUUGUCAACAAAGAGGUUCAGUCAGAGAUCCUGAAGAAGUGGAAGCGUUGGAAGCUGGGUCGUAACAUCGAGGAGGAGUACCGACACACCUAUAGCCAGACGCCCCACCUCAACACUAAGAGCAGCAGCCUGCUGGGUCACAACCCCUCGCACCCCUCCUCCCUGCUCCUCCACCCCCACCUCCCCGACAUCACCACCUCCUCCCCUGCUCCCCUUGGCCGGGGCCCGGGCUGCUCCCCAGAGGAGAAGCACCUCCUGGUGGUGAGCUGUCAGAAUGGCAUGGGGCGGAGCAGGAAGAACACGGGGUCGUCCAUGCAGUUCCCCUCCCUACCACGUGAGGGAACCAUCAGCUGUAGUCACACACUGUUAGAGGAUAAUAUGGAGGAAAUCUGCUUGACGGACAGGGUGUCAGAGUGUUACGAGGCUCCUAGAGGAAAUGCAGAGAGCCAACUCUGAGACUGGAGAGGACGGGGAAGAUUAAUGACGUAACACCCUGGUAACUACAGCAGAGACUGGAGAGGACGGGGAAGAUUAAUGACGUAACACCCUGGUAACUACAGCAGAGACUGGAGAGGACGGGGAAGAUUAAUGACGUAACACCCUGGUAACUACAGCAGAGACUGGAGAGGACGGGGAAGAUUAAUGACGUAACACCCUGGUAACACUCUGGAGCUGGGCAGUGUGUUUCAGGAGAGGUGUGUUUCUCAAUGGCCGUCACCCUGGACCAAUGUUAAUGAGCGAGAUGUCCUUGACAGACCCAGGACCAGUGUGUGUCUCAAUGUUCGUAUCGUCACCUUGAAACAGUGUUAGUGGGAGAGAGAGACACCUACUCGACCCUCUCCAAUCCACAGCCAAAUGAGAGAAAGGCAGGACAAGCUAGACCUCCCAUGUUGGACCCCUCUGACCCAGACCAGACCUCCUAUGUUGGAACCCUCUGACCCAGACCAGACCUCCCAUGUUGGACCCCUCUGACCCAGACCAGACCUCCCAUGUUGGAACCCUC